AACCUACUUCCUCAAAGUAUAACACAACACCAAUUGACCCCUUACAAAACAAUGCCACACACAUCUCGCAAAAACCGCCCCACUGCCUCAACCCAAAAACGCACCCAAGUCACCGACGAUGACGGCUGGACCCACGUCACAUCCAGCAACAACGUCCGGCGCGUACUACGCGGGACCCGCACAAAGACUAGCAAUGAGCAGGACUCCAAUGCUCAGCCGAUAGUACAAGAUUCCUCCGAAACCAAUGCGCCAGAAGCCGAGCUAGUCCUCGGUCCCGCCGAAGCACCGGGACGAUUAACACUUGAAGAGCUGCAGGCGCAGUAUCAAGGGUAUCGUGAGAAGUGGAUAACCUCGGAGACGUGGACGCGAUUAGAGGCGCAACUCAAGGAGAGGAAUGUAUCUGUAUCUGCAUCUAUAGACGCUGUUGUAUGCGUUGGACUUGGUAGUCCGAGUGGAUUCCUGCGUGGAGGGUGGGUUGAUCGACGAGUUGUUUCUAUGUAUCAACUUGCGGCGUUGGAGAGUAUUGCGGAGUGGAUAUCGAAAACCACUACCUCAAUCCCAAUCUACGCCCAAGACCCAGUCUUCAACACUCUCGACAAAUCCCUCCUCGCAUCCCUAAACAUAACAGUCCUCACCCACCCCGCCGCCUUCACCCUCCUCACAAAGAAAACCCUGCUCUUUUGCCCGGGUGCUGAACGCAAACAUCUUGAGCAAUUACUCGUGUCCGAACCAUGUAUGGUGUUUGGGGGGCCGUUGGAGGAUACGAAUUCGGAUGUUAUUCAGGGGUUUGUGGGGAGGGUGGGGUCGGUGGUUUUGGGGCCGUUUGAGGGGUGUGAGCAUGCUUUUUGGAAGACGAGGGUUUAUUUUAGGGAGGAAGAAGAUGGGGAGAGGAAGGAGGGGGAGGGG